AUGUCUUUUGGAAAAGGUAAAAUAACUUUUAUUUAGAACAAAAAACUAGAAGAAGUAGUUUUAGAAACUCUGAAAAUUUAAUCAAAAAACAAUGAAGAAGCCAAAAAAUUAUAUAUGAAUGACAUCUAAUUAGAACUUACAUCAUAAUAAAAGGUUUCUUCAAUUAAUCAAAAUAAUUAUAGUAAACUAUAAAAUAAGGUUGAUUAAGUUCAAGAAAAAUAAAAUCUAUAAUAAAAUAAUAAAGUUUAUAGUUCACCUGCUCUAUAAAAGUAUUAAGUUAACCCCAAAAAAGCCUAAGAAUCAAAUGUCUACCGUCUUAAAUAAAAGUAAUAUCGAAGGCAUUAGAAUGAGAAUUAAAAAAAAAAACUUAGAGUUCUUUAAAAAUCAAGAAUAAGCAGGUAUUUUAAAAGCACCUAUAAAAUAAUGAGCAUAUUUUUGUUUUAUUAAAAUAAACAGACUUUUUAUUCUAAAUAUCAGAAUUUAAAGAUGAUGUACAAGACUACAUAAAACUGUUCAUAUGCAGGUAACUGAAUGAAAAUUUAAUAUAGAUUUGAUAUCUAGAUAAGGUAUUUAGGAUAAUUACAGAUCAAUAAUAACUAUUGAUAAAGAAAAUUCUUAUGCUUUGUUGCAGAAAAAGAAAUAGUAUUAGAAUAGAGAGAGCAGCAAUUCAAAUCAAUAAAAAAAUGAAAAUCGUUCAAAUAGUGGAUUAUUUAAAUCUGCAUCACUUUAAUAAUUCUAUCGUGCUCAAUCAGCAGUUGAGAAAAAUUCAUAUCAAAAUUAUAAAGGAAAUCAAUAACAAAUCAAUUAGAUGAAAAAUGUUUCAUAUCUUUCUUUGCUAUAAUAAAGUGGCUAUUAAUUAAAACAUAAUUAUACAAAAUCAACUAAAGAGUUAAAUAACAAAUGGAUUGAUUUUUUAUCAAAUGAGAAUUAAAGACAAAAAUCAUUUGAAAAUUAAGCUUACAAGAGAUUGAAUGAGAAAUUGGAAUAUUUAGAAAAAAAGUUUAACUAGUUAAAGGAUUCAUUUGCUAAUGUAAGUGAAAGUUAAUAAGAUAAAAAAACAGAUAGAAUAAAAUAAAAAUAGUAUUCUAUGGUAACUAAAUACUUUCCUUAGAAAUUUAUAUAAUAAUAAAAGAAUGUUAGUUAAGAAGAAAGUAAAGUAACAAAGGAUAUUAAAUCUAUCUUCAAUAUUUAUUCAUAAAUGAAAGAUAUAAAAAGUUAUACUUCAAAUUCUUAAUUAUUGAAAUAAUCCUAAGAUAAAAACACUGGAUUAUUAUAAGAUUUUGUAACUUAAAUUAAAAAAAAUUCUAAUAAGAAUUCUUAAUUAUUGAAGGGUUCAUAAAUUAAUGAAACAAACUAAACUUUUAAUAAAUCAGAAAGAUAAUAAUCUAUGGAUUCCAAAUAUUUUUACCUAAAUAAGAUAAGUGAAACAUAACCAAAUGAACCUGUAAACAAUUUAGUUUAUGUAGUUCUUGUAUUAUAUUUCAACUGUAAUCUAAGCUAUAAAAAGUAAGAAACCUACAGAACUUGAUGAACUUAUUAAAGAUCAUUUUUCACAAACAUAUCAAGUGAAUUUAUAAUUAAUUUAUUUAGGGAUUAAUUUAUGCAAAUAGAUUAGUAAUAUAAUUUGAUCCAAAUAAAGUCAUUUACUUGCCAAAAUCUAAUCAUCUAAAAACAAUUGUUUUUGAUUUGGAUGAGACAUUAAUUCAUUGCAACUCUAAUUUAUCAAUACAAGGAGACAUCAUAUUACCUAUUACUUUUCCAAAUAAUGAAACAAUUUAGGCUUCAAUUAAUAUUAGACCUUAUGCAAAAUAAAUCCUUAAAACACUUUCAAAAGAUUUUGAAAUUAUUAUUUUUACAGCCUCUCAUUCAUGUUAUGCAAAUAUGGUUAUUGAUUAUUUGGAUCCAAAAAAAUAAUGGAUUUCACAUCGAUUAUUCAGGGAACAUUGUAUUCAAACAAGAGAAGGAGCAUACAUUAAAGAUUUAAGGUAUAUAAUAUAUAUUUUUAGAAUAUUAGGGAAUCGAAAAUUAUGUGAUGUUUUAUUAGUAGAUAAUGCUUCCUAUUCAUUUAACAAAUAAAUUGACAAUGGAAUUCCUAUUAUUUCUUAUUAUAAUAAUAAAGAGGAUUAAGUAAUUAAAUUAUUGAUUUAUAGGAAUUAUUACAUUUAUAAAAUUAUUUAUUAAAUUUUAGGAGUGUUAAAGAUGUUAGAGAUUUAAAUUAAAAAUAAUUAAAAUUAAAAUAGUUUUUAGAUUAUUCUGAUUUUGAUGAUUUAUAAAAUAAUUUAAAGGAUAUUUACUUUUGA